AUUUAGGUUUUUUCUUGCGCUACACGUGCUAAACAGCUGCUUCUUAUGAAUGGCUAAUAAGAUAAUGCUUUUAUCCCCCUCACACCUUACCAUGCAUUAUGCAACAAUCCCCAUGCCACACACGAUUGCAUAGACUGUUUGUGUGUUUGGUAGUAUAUCCAGCUCAAGUUGUUGCUUUCAUAUUUAUGGCCUUAUCUACUUUUAAAAUGAGGGGGAACAUUUUUACUGCCUUUGUGUUGGUGAUGUCUUUGUUUUGUUUGGGACAAACACUUGAGUGCUUUCGGUGUGAGCUUGGAUUCUGGGAUGUGUGUUACACUACCAAGACAAACUGCAGUGAUAAUGAAUUGUGUUCUGUGGGAAUUGGUAAAGCAGCUUCUGUCCUGGAUAUAAAGGUGAUGGGUUGUCUUCCCAUGGAGGAGUGCAACAAGACAACAGUUGUACAGUUCCUUGCCAAUAAGACCUUAUACUCCUUGAAGACCACCUGUUGUGAGGAAGACUUUUGCAACGCUGGCCCUUCCAUUCAGUUGUCCCUUGUUCCUCUUUUACUUCCCAUACUUCUCAUUGCUGAGAUGAUGGGUGUGUUUUGAUGAUUUCUAGAUUCUAAUUGUUAUAUAAGGGAUUGAAGGCUCUUCAUAUUUACACUGUUCACGUCCUAUUCGUGUUUUACUGUUGUUGAAUGAUCUAAAGCAUCUGCCUUUUAUAUAGCAGAGCACAUUUUGGAUGCUCUUUUCUAGCCAGUUGACUUUGUUCAUCCAAAUGAGUAAAGAUGAUUGACGUUCUAAUAUCUUCUUAACACAAACAUGUUUUACUGUUCAAUAAAUGCAAAUGUCAAACAUUCGUGGUUUCCUGUCUUGUGCACGGUCACUAUCGCAUGCAAUAGAGGGCGCUGUUUGACUAAAAUUGGAGGCUGCUUUACUGCGCAUGCUCAGUUCCGCUGAUCUUCACAUCUGGGACACGUGCUUUCCAAGUCCAACGUGAUUGGACCGCUUGCAACCUCUCGUUUAAAAAAAAGUAGGGAAGUGCACAAGCUCGUGUUUGCCAUUAUCAAGAAGUGUUGAUAAUUUAAAAACAGGAUGUUUGUCGCGCGCAGCAUCGCAGCCGAUCAUAAAGAUCUGAUCCACGAUGUUUCUUAUGAUUUUCACGGGCGGAGAAUGGCGACGUGCUCCAGCGACCAAAGCAUGAAGGUGUGGGAUAAGGGUGGUAAUGCAGAAUGGAACUGCACAGCCAGCUGGAAAACUCACAGUGGCUCGGUUUGGAGAGUGACCUGGGCCCAUCCAGAGUUUGGACAAGUGUUGGCAUCCUGCUCCUUUGACCGUACUGCCAUAGUAUGGGAGGAGAUUGUUGGAGAGUCCAAUGACAAACAACGAGGACAAAGCCAUUGGAUAAAGAGAACCACACUUGUGGACAGUCGGACAUCUGUGACCGACGUGAAGUUUGCCCCGAAGCACAUGGGCUUGAUGCUGACCACAUGUUCUGCAGACGGGGUGGUGCGAAUCUACGAGGCCCCUGACGUGAUGAACCUGAGCCAGUGGUCCCUGCAGCACGAGAUCUCAUCCAAACUCUCCUGCUCCUGCAUCUCCUGGAACCCUUCCAGUUCCCGAGCUCAUGCACCUAUGAUUGCAGUGGGUAGCGAUGACAGCAAUGUAACAUAUGGUGGCAAAGUUCAGAUAUAUGAGUAUAACGAAGUUACAAGGAAAUAUGCCAAAGCAGAGACACUGAUGACAGUUACAGAUGCUGUACAUGAUAUUGCAUUUGCUCCAAAUCUGGGACGGUCUUUCCAUGUACUUGCUAUUGCAACCAAAGACGUGCGCAUCUUCAAACUGGUUCCACUUCGAAAGGACAGCUCUUCUUCAGCACCCACUAAAUUUGAGGUGCAGGUGCUGGCUCAGUUUGACAGUCAUAACUCUCAGGUUUGGCGGGUCAGCUGGAACAUCACCAGUACACUUCUGGCUUCCUCUGGUGACGAUGGUUGUGUGAGACUCUGGAAAGCAAACUAUAUGGACAACUGGAAGUGCACAGGUAUUCUAAAGGGAGAUGGUAGUCCAGUAUCAGGUCAGCCUGGAGCGCUGAGCGGCAUCCUGGGAUCUGCUACUGCACAGAGUGCUCUAAACGGGGCCACUAGAAGAUAGAUGCCAUAUGACAGGAGCCAAAUCUGGAGCUGAGCACUUCUUUGAUACUGGACUUUACACUGAGACCAACUGAUUGUGCUUGCUGGACAUGCAAGAAGACUGGCACUUACCAUGGGUCCAUUAUUAUUAUUAUUAUUAUUAUUAUUAUUAUAAACUGCCUUCAAUUAAUGUUCCUUAAGUUGACUUUCCUUUCAGUCUAUGGGAUUGUUUUACUCUGGAUACAGACUGAAAAAUACAUGGCCUUUUUGCCCAUUUCUGUAUUUUGAAAUGAGUCGUGUUUAAAUGGAUGUUCUGAUCCCGAAAAGACAACAUAUCUAUUUAGGAGGACGUGUUUUAUUUUAAUGAUGUUUUGUUGACAUGAUUAAGGAUAAAAGAUGCUGCCAUUACAAAGCUGCGUUACAAAUUACAAAUAUUGGUCUAAUUGACUUCACUCUCGUGUUAUUGUAUGAGAAUCAUAUAAAGGUUAAGGUUUAAGCAGCUAGUAUAUAUGAAGUAUUCAGAAAUAUUUGAGCUUGUUUUAUUUGAAUCAUGCAUUUCUACGUUUAGUAAAAUAGGCGAUAACUAUAAUAAUCCUUGCUAGGUUACUUUUGAUAGAUGAUUUGAUUUCCAUGUAUGAUGAAAAGUUUCUGUGAAGAAAAAGGGAAGUUGUAUUAAAUGCCAUGGUGUUAAACACUUCAACAGAAUUGUUUUCUUUGACUAUUUAUAAAAUAGUGGAUUGAAUAUAAAAAAUUUGACUGGGCCUGAAAAAAAAAAAACUAGA